GCGGGCAAGCGGAAGUCGACGGCCUUCAAGGCGAUCUGGGAAUUGUACGCCAACAAUAAGCUUGUCGACGGCCUGCCGAAGCACGACCCAGGGCAGCACAGCUCCGACUUCCUCGAGGGGUUCUUCGGGUUCAUUGGCGACCUGGCCAUCGGCAGCCCCUCCGCCGCCCUCGCGGCGGCGGGUGGUUGCGGCCUAGGCGGCGGCCUAGGCGGCGGCCUAGGCGGCGGCCUGGGCGGCGGCAUGGGCGGCGGCAUGGGCUUCUCGGGAGGGUUCGACGGCGGCCCGCCCAAGAGGCCCAAGCUCGGCGGCGACAACCCCACGGUGCAGAGGAUCAAGAGCUUCCAGAGGAUGGGGCAGCCCCAGAAGGACGCGUGGCACACCUUCGCGGACACCCAGGGCGGCGGGGUCCGCGAUCCAGCCCGCCUCGACGAGGCCACGCUGCAGAUGUUCUGCUCCCAGUACGCCGUGCCCUGA